AUGGAAGAAAUAUCGCAUGAAAAGAAUAUGGUUCCAGGUUCUUACGUUAUCCUGGAAAACGUAUUUGGACUCAUGGGAACAGUAAUAUGGUCAUUUCAAUUAGUUCCGCAAGUUUAUAAAAAUUGGCGAAGAAAAUCCACGAGAGGACUUUCUCAAAUGAUGAUUCUUCUAUGGACGAUAGCCAAUGUGUUUUUUGGAACAUACGCGAUAGUCUUAAAUUUGUCGAUUCCCUUAAUAAUCCAGCCACAACUCUUUGGAAUUAUUUGUUUGUUUGUUGAUAUACAAUUUUUAUAUUACGAUUCACCAAAACUUAAAGGAAAUAAAGUAAAAAAUGUAACAUUAUUCAUAUUGUCGGCGCUGCUCUUUGCCGUAUGUGAAGUUGGUUCCGUUUACGGAAUUAGAGGAGCGAAUGCGACAAAGAUCAGGUGGCCUGAAAAGGUUUUCGGAAUCGUAUCGCCAGUUUUAUUGAUUUCCGGAUUUGUGCCGCAGUACAUCCAAAUAUAUAGGGAGAAGCAUGUAAUUGGGAUUUCAAUGAUAUUUAUGGCAUUAGAUAUGGCAGGAGCCUUGUUUUCUGUUCUUAGUUUAGUUUUCCGACCACCCCCAUUUGAUACAAUAGCAUCAUUAACUUACAUAUCGGUAUUUGUAUUAGAUGGUUUAAUUGUGCUAUUGUAUUACUUUUUAAACUGGUUUCAUGCAAGGAAAAAUCAUAAUGAUGAAGAAAUUUAUGGUAAAAGACCAAUGCCAACGCAAGCGUUUGUUUCCACAAAUACAUCAUCUUUAAAUCCAACCAUAAAAGAGCAACAAUAUGUACAUGACGUUUAUGAAAAAAUAGCUCAACAUUUUAGUAGCACUAGAUAUAAGCCAUGGCCUGUUGUAGAAGAAUUCUUAAAGGAGAUGGAAAUUGGAAGUAUCGGGGUUGAUAUUGGAUGCGGUAAUGGAAAAUAUUUAGGGGUUAAUCGGAAUGUUUAUAUAAUCGGCGCUGAUAGAAGUUCAAGUUUAAUCGAGAUAAGCGCAUCAAGGGGAUUUGAAACUCUCAUUUGUGAUGCAUUGAAUUUACCAUAUAGAGACGAAUGUUUUGUAUCCAUUUUCAAAGGAGGAUUGCAGCGACAAAGGUUAACCCUUUAUUUUAUUUUAAGAUCAAAAAUCUUGAUCUAUGUUUGGGCUAUGGAACAAAUAGAAUCACGUAGAAAAUUUGAUGAAAAUUAUCAGGAUGUCUUUGUUCCUUGGGUCAUUCCGGCCGAUAAGAAUGAAAAAGAAGAAGAAAUCGUGUAUGAUAGGAUAAUUGGUAUGUGA